AACUGAGACAUUCAUUCCAUGCUCUCUAUAGAAUCAAUCUUAUAGCAGACACAAACGUCGACACGUCAAACCAAUUCCGGUAGGCCACAGAAACAUUAAUUAGACGAUCGACUUCUCUUCCUUCUCCCAUCGAUGCUGCCUAUGGAAGAAUCAAACCACAGCACCACCUCCCCUGCUGUCCUCUAUGGCGACCUGUACGCCCUGGACGGGAAGAACCCGUACCCGAGAGAGCUUCCUGAGCCCGAUGUCCACAUCCUCACCACUGGCGGCCUCCGCAUCCCCACCCAUUCUAGCAUUCUGGUUUCGGUGUCGCCGGUGCUAGAGAACAUCAUUGACAGUCCCCGGAAGCACCGGAACUCCGGGAAGCUCAUCCCCAUGCUCGGCGUCCCCUGCGAAGCCGUUGCCGCGUUUAUUCGCUUCAUCUAUUCCUCCAGGUGUACAGAAGAGGAGAUGGAGAAGUACGACAUCCACCUGCUGGCGCUGGCCCACGUGUACUCGGUCCCACAGCUGAAGCAGAGAUGUAUCAAGGGCCUGAGUCGACGGCUGACUGUGGAGAACUUGGUGGACGUGCUCCAGCUCUCGCGUCUGUGCAAUGCGCCGGACCUCUACCUCCGGUGCAUGAAGCUGGUCUACAACAACUUCAAGUUCAUCGAUGAGGCGGAGUCGAGGAAGAAGAGGACGAGGAGGCACCGGGAGGAGCAGAGGCUGUAUGGGCAGCUGAGCGAGGCAAUGAGUUGCUUGGAGCACAUUUGCACGGAUGGCUGCACCAGCGUGGGUCCGCCCGACAUGGAUUCCGCAAAGAAGAGGGAGCCAUGCGCCCAGUUCGCGACCUGCCACGGGCUUCAACUACUUAUAAGACACUUCGCGGCAUGCCAGAAGCGGGUCAAGGGAGGGUGUUCCAAGUGCAAGAGGAUGUGGCAGCUCCUGAGGCUCCACUCCUUUAUUUGUGAUCAGCCAGAAGCUUGCAAGGUCCUUCUCUGCAGGCAAUUCAAGUUGAAAGCCCAACAAGAGAAGAGGAAGGAUGACAGCAUUUGGAAGCUGCUAGCGAGGAAGGUGGUGAAGGCAAAGGCCAUGUCGUCCUUGUCUCAAACCCAAGCCAAGAGGAAGAGAUCCACCGAGGAACACAGACAAUUGCCGACCGAAACAAACAGUAUUCGUCAAAUCCAAGGCUUUAAGCUCGGACGAGAUACAUAUUGAGGCACUCUCUCUCUACUCUAGGGAACAUGUGUAAGCUUGUUGGGGAUGCUUUUAGAUAGUCAUUAGUGUACGUAGACUUCUUAGAUGAGAAAUUGUAAUUAAUUCUUUGUAAAUGAGCGGGCGAGUGUCAGUUGCUUAUACACAUGAUAAUAAUAAA